GAUUUAAAGAGCUCCAAGGUCCCCGCCCUGUGCCCUGCAGCAGGUCGGACAGCUGAGCUCCACCAUGGCCGAACCCGCCAAGCUGCAGCUGUUUGUUAAGGCCAGUGAGGACGGAGAGAGUGUAGGGCACUGCCCAUCCUGCCAGCGGCUCUUCAUGGUCCUCCUCCUGAAGGGGGUUCCCUUCACCCUCACCACCGUGGACACCCGCAGGGCGCUGGACGUGCUGAAGGACUUCGCGCCAGGCUCGCAGCUGCCCAUACUGCUUUACGAUGGGGACGCCAAAACCGACACGCUGCAGAUUGAGGAAUUUCUGGAGGAGACGCUGGGGCCGCCCGAACUGUGUGCGCGCACUUCCGCCGGGCGCCCAUCCCCGCCGAGCUGCGCGCCGUGCGCCGCUACCUGGACAGCGCGCUGCAGGAGAAGGAGUUCAAGUACACGUGUCCGCACCGCGCCGAGAUCUUGGCCGCCUACCGGCCCGCCGUGCAGCCCCGCUAGCGCCCGCCCGCCCCCUUUAUAAAGGUUCUCUGCUCCCAA